AUGAUAGAGGGGGGAGGAAAAAGCAAAGAGAUGCGGGGUGGCGAGGGCACUGCAGUGCCUGGCGGCCACCAAGACGACGACUCGACGCCACUCCCACCGGCGGAGGACUACGUUGUGGAGCCGACGACAACGGAGGAGAUGCACGAACUCCUCGAUCUCAUCCUGCAAGCCUGCGAGCAUCUGCAGGAGUUGAUACACGAUCACCGCCCCGUCAUGCAGAGGGAGGUGGCGAAGCUUCGGAAGGCCUACUGGCUUGCCACAGGUGAAACGGGAAGGCUGCGCGGCCGCAAUGCGUCGGCCGAGUCCCUCUCCAGCGCCACUGACGGCAGCAGUGCAGGCACUCUACCCCCACUGACCGGCACGGAGGGCCCCAGGCGGCAGGACGCGAAGGCGGUCGCGUGCGAUUGCGCGCUGAGGGAGUUGGACGAGUACGUGCAUCCUCGGCUGGAGGCGCACACUUUCGACCUCGAGGACGCGGGUUGUGAGGGCAAGAAGGGCCGCACUUGGCGCUUUUUGGGCAUUCCGCUUGAGCGCCGCCUCCAAACGCUGGUUGUGUCGGCGCUUCUCUUCUACACAUUCAUUCCAGUUGCAGUUGCGCUCACGCUGGUGCUGCUGCUGACUUGGUGGGCUAUGCCGCUCAUGUUGGCGUACCUUGUGUACAUCUUCACCCUUGGGCAGCCCAAGCACCCACUGAAGAAGUGGGCUACCUUCACCCGGCAUAAGCUGUGGGACCACUACGCUAGCUACUUCCCCGUGCGCCUUGUGAUUCCUCGCCACGUGCGGGACAAAUUCGACCCCCAGGCAAACUAUUUCUUCAUUUACCACCCGCACGGGAUACAUGGGUUUGGUGCCAUUGCCGCCUUCAGCCUGGACUCCACGCUGAGCUCGCUGCUUCCGGGCAUAAACGUUCAUGCGCAGACGCUUAAAAUUAACUUUUUUAUUCCCUUUUGGCGUGAACUGCACCGCCUUUGUGGUCAUGGGGACGCCAGUGCGAGCUGCAUCCGUCGCACGCUGGGGUCGGGGCCUGGCGAGAGUGUUUUGCUGGUUGUGGGGGGCGCAAGUGAGAGCAUCCUGGCGAGUCCGAAUACCAACGAGCUUAGGCUGCAGAACCGGAGAGGGUUUGUGAAGAUUGCACUGCAGGAGGGCUCUCCGCUGGUUCCCGUGUACGCGUUUGGGGAGAACGACGUCUACCGAAUUCCCCGCAUUGCGGGCUCUGCGUGGUGGAGGCGCGUCGGGGAGAAGUUUCGCAAAGUCACGACCUUUGGUCUUCCCCUGUUCCUUGGUCGUGGCUGGUUCAACUACAGCUUUGGCAUCCUGCCGCACCGCCGCCCCAUCACUGUGGUGGUUGGGGAACCCUUGCCAGUGCCGAAGAUCCCCCAGCCCACAUCAGAGGACCUGCAGGAUUGGCACGACAAGUAUGUCACGGCCCUCAAGCGGCUCUUCGACGAGUACCGCGCUGUGUACGACGUGGAGUCCAGUGGUCUGCGUAUUCAUUAG